AUGUAUCAUUCCACCCAGCCAAACGGCGCAGAGGGUGCGACCAUCAAUCCCGCGACAAUCAACCCUGCCGCGCUCAAUCAUGAACUUUUGAACGCAAACCGAGGGCUAAAACGCAGUCGCUCACCUGAUUAUCAAGAAAUACACUCAUCUGGAACACCAGGAGACGAUGGUGACAACCCCAGGAAGCGUGGGAGGCCGACGAUGAAACCUCGACCGACGGGAGGCUUAGCAGAUCAAUCGCAGCAACCCCCUCACAUAAGCUCCAACUUGCCCACCAUGGUGCCGCCGCCACAAACUCCGCAGACACAGAGCGUGCCUCUCCCAGCCCAGGCAACAUACAUCCCCGCCCAUGCGCCUCAGACCUCGCCACCACCAAAGACGACACCUACGAAGACGACCCUGAAGGCAUUGCCUACUGUGCGUGAUCACACCACGGAUCAACUCGGACCCGGGGGCGAUGAGUACUUGCCGCGUGAAACCGACGAAGCUGGCGAGAAGAAGGUCAUGCCCAAUGGUCAGCUUACUGGCAACCGUGAAUACAGAUGUCGAACAUUUCUGGUUCCCAAUAGAGGCGACAAGCUCUUCAUGCUGGCCACGGAGUGCGCCAGGGUUCUGGGCUACAGGGACUCGUAUCUGUUGUUUAACAAGAACAGGUCGCUCUUCAAAAUUAUCGCCAACCAAGUGGAAAAGGAUGACCUAGUGGCACAGGAGAUAUUGCCGUUUUCGUACAGAUCGCGGCAAAUCGCCAUAGUGACCGCUCGGUCCAUGUUUCGACAAUUCGGUAGCAGAGUCAUUGUGAACGGACGACGAGUACGGGAUGAUUAUUGGGAGGGCAAGGCCCGCAAGCAGGGCUUCACCGAGGCAGAUUUGGCUGGUGAGAAGAGACCUGGUGCAUCCAAAGCUCGCGAAGAAGCCGCUGCAGCCGCUGCAGCCAACAAUCCUCCUCCUCUUGUGGGCGGCCCUCAUGGCGAAAUUGUUUACACGAAUACUCCAGGCCAAUUUGGUGCUCCGCCGCAGCCGCAGCUAGUUCAACCAGGUAUGAUUGGAGCGCCACCCGGAAGCUCGAUGAGAAUGCCCAUGAUAACCGCUCCAUCCACAGAUUUGAACGAUCGCCGCCCAGACUACAACUUCAUCAAAGGUGGCCCCCGCCAGGAAAUCACAGGCCCUGCUUACCAGGACAGAACUCAGUCAAGCCCCUUGUCUGAGAUCCAUGCGCAGGCCCAUCAUGCUGCUGAAUUCAACCGCUCACUCAAUUCAGGCCGCGAGGUACGGAACGACUAUAUGCAGAACAUGUGGCGGAGACCUCACGAACAACCAUCUACUCCGACAGUUGGUGGUGCCGAUUCGUCGCUUCCAACAACUAGACCGGGGCAGUCGCCACACGCCGCUGCUGCGAACCUACAGCAGCCAUCCUUGGUGCCGAAUCAGAGUCCUCAAAUGAUGAUGACUGCUGCCCCUUACUCUCAGUCGAUUCAUACCCAGCAGCCCAUCAGCCAGGCACCCAUGCGAGGCAUGCCUCAAGCUCCAUCCCAGAAGCAACCACGACCGCCUAGCUUGUCGGGUCCCUCAGGUAACAUUGCUCCAAGUCCCCAGGCAUACAACUAUGGUCAGAAUGCCAUGUGGAGUCAUCCUCAGACUCCUCAGACCCCUCAGCAUUAUUCUGGGUAUACUACUCAGCCUCAGCAAUCACCCCAUCCCCAACAGUCACCAGCGCCCCAGCUCCGCCACCCUCCGGGCAAUCCGCAGAUGCAGCCGACGGCGAUGCAAUACCCUGGAAUGCCUGGCAUGAGCAACUACGGCAACCCAGGUCAGGGCAUGUAUCCACCGGAGCAAACCCCAAGACAGUUCAUGCCUCAAAACCCGGCACCAGCACCAGCGGUGACUCAAGGGUGGUCAAACCAGCAGAGCCCAGCUGGUGGUAAUUGGUGGGCUAAUCAACCUCAAUGA